CAAAUAUGAAGUACAAGUCUAAGAUUUCAUAUUGGGCCUGCGUCAAUUCUUAUAAGAAGCCCAGUCCAUUUGUUGGGCCCAGUAAAGAGCUUCUUCUUCCUCUCUCUUUUCGUCCCUCUCCUGCUCCUCACUCUGCAAGCAAGAACUUCGCCCCAACGCCAUAGACGCCGAGCAGGUGAAUUAUACAUUGCCUUUGAAAGAAGGGAAAGAAUGCCUUUGGGACUUCUAGCAGGGCUCGCACGAGCCGCGAGGAGGAAGCGUACAUCCUCUCUUGACAUUCUUUCUUCGAAGCGUGCUCCACGAAAUUAUUACAAGGGGAAGAAUUGCAAGCCUACUGGUUUUCAUACUCGCAAAGGUGGAUACAUUGUACAGCCAGAGAAAUUGCCAAACUAUGUUGUCCCUGACUUGACUGGUUUCAAGCUAAAACCAUACGUCUCCCAGUGCCCUAUAGAAUUGAAGACUGCAGAAGCUUCUGAUGCAUCUAAAUGAGCAAAUCGACCGAGGAAAAGAAUUUCUGAUGGACAUUAGCAAAUUCCGUGCCAUUGUUAGCAUGUGUUUUUCAUCUUCUCGAGUUGAAUCCUCUUUCAUGUUCUUCAGGUCGAGAAAGAACAUAUUGGAUCAGUCUACAAGCCAAUGAAGUGAAGUCAUCAAAUUUUGAUGUAUCUGAUUCCUUUAAUCAUUGCCCUUUAAAAAAUUGAAUUAGUUAAGGCAUCGCAUAUUCUGUCAGGCAAAGAUACUGCUUAAACAAGCUAAAGAUUUGCGUCGUA